UACGUCGAGAUACAUAAUCAGCCUGCAGAUCGUUAUCGAAGAUGUUGGCGGUUUGGAUAAUGCUGGCAUCGUCUGUGGCUGCCAUUAAAGAGCCAUAUCACCCGGCUGUGGACCAAGUUACGCUUAGCCAGUGUAGGAGUAAGAGUCCCAAUGGUCUGAUGAGUAUAAGCAGUGGCGCCCCCGUGUCUAUUACAGAAGCCAGCACCGCACUGAACCAGCGGUUGCUUCUAAACAAUUUCUUCUUAGACCACAUGACUCAACAAAUGAGAGAAAGAACUUGCACCCGCACCGUUCGUAUAAAAGGAACCGUAGCGCAUGGUUACUUCGAAGUAACCCACGACCUCUCCCACAUAUGUAGAGCCAGCUUUCUUAACCAAAUUGGCAAAAGAACACCAGUUUUGGCUAGGUUUUCAUCAGGUAUCUCGGAAAAAGGUGGGUCUGAUCUCAAACGAGAAAUCCGAGGCCUCGCUUUGAAAUUUUACACCGACGAAGGUAAUUUCGACUUGCUCGGGAUGAAUACUCCCAUGUUCGUUAUUAAUAAUCCCGUCCACUAUGUUAAAGUCAUGCACGCGUUAAGAAGACCUCCAGAAUCCUAUCUGUACGAUCCGAACACUUUUUGGGAGAUGAUAGUGAAGCACCCCGAGUCCAUGUUUGCGUUUCUGAUGAUGUUCGCCGAUCGAGGUAUACCAAAAACGUACCGCCACAUGCCUGGCUACAACAUCCACACCAUGCAGGUCGUAGGUAAGGAUGGGAAGACAUAUUUCGUCAGAUUCCACAUCCUACCGACCUUGGGCAUCAAACACAUGACGACUGCGCAAGCUCAAGAAAUUAAUUUCGCAGAUCAAGACUUUUACACGAGAGAUUUACGCGAUUCAAUUGACAAAGGAGAUUUCCCUAGCUGGACGGUGAAAGUGCAGAUAAUCACAGAAGAGGAUGUGCUACAAUAUGGAUAUUCGUUUUUCGAUAUUACACGUGUCAUACCCAUUAAGGAAUUCCCCUUACAUCCUCUCGGCAAAAUUGUCUUAAAUAGAAAUCCGACAAACUUCUUCGCAGAGGAAGACCAAUCAGCUUUUAACCCAGGGAAUUUGGUAGAUGGUAUAAUAGGAGCGCCAGAUAAAGUGUUCGAAGCGCGUCGCUACGCGUACACGGACGCCCAAAUGUACCGACUGGGGCCACACGCCAGAGAAAUUCCUGUGAAUUGUCCAAUCAAUGUUCCUAACUCUGCUUCGUCUGAUGGAACUGACUAUAGGUCAACACGUCAACCAGGUUUGCUCAGAAUAAUUGAAGAGCAGCCAUAUAAUUUCGAUCAGGCUCGAGAAUAUUAUGAAGACGAAAUAAAGUGCGGCGAACGAAAACGUUUACACGAAACCCUUCGCCUAGCGUUGGCAUCGACUCCUCCAUCGUUACGAGAAAAAGUGUUCCAUGUCUUUUCGAGGAUUAGCCAGAAUUUAGUCUUCAACGUGGCACAAGGAUUUAAUACCACGAUAGCUGAGUAAAGUGGAAUAAGACAAGCAUUUUAAGAUUUGUUAUAUGAAAUAUAAAAAUAUACAGUUCAUUUUAAUCCCUACAUACUUUUUCUUUAAUUUUUGUGCAAAUUUUAAAAAAUAAUAGAUUUGUUUUUACGGUU